UAAAACCGCGCUUUCCAGCUUCCUCAAUGAAUUUUGAAAAACCCAAAAAAACCACAAAAUGAGUAGUAAAUUCUCAUACUCGGAGCCCCACAUUUGUCAAUGCCUGACCCGCCUCUCAACUCUCCGGAGUGAUGACGUGGUCACUAUCACCGGCAACCGGCAAAAGACCGGCAGGCAAUUUGCCGACGAAGUGUUGUGCCUUGCUCGUGGACUUCUUCAACUCGGCGUCGCCACCGGUGACGUUGUUGCCAUCUCUGCUUUCAACAGUGAUAUGUAUAUGGAGUGGUUACUAGCCAUUGCAUUCGUUGGAGGUAUAGCUGCUCCUCUUAAUUACCGAUGGAGCUUUGAAGAGGCAAGAUUGGCAAUGCUGGUUGUGAGGCCAGUUAUGUUGGUUACUGAUGAGAGCUGUCACUGCUGGUAUUCGAACUUCCAAAAGGAUGACAUACCUUCCCUGAGGUGGCAUGUUUCUUUGAAUUCCCCCUCCUCAGAUUUCAUGAAGAUGUGGAAUGUAUUAACUACUGAAAUGCUCAAGAAGAAUUCUGUAAGUUCUCAACCAUUGAACUACUGCUGGGCACAUGAGGGUGCUGUUAUAAUAUGCUUCACAUCAGGAACCACUGGGAGGCCAAAGGGAGUUACUUUAAGCCAUGCAGCUUUGAUUAUACAAUCGUUAUCAAAAAUUGCCAAUGUUGGUUACGGUGAGGAUGAUAUUUAUUUGCAUACUGCACCAUUGUGCCACAUUGGUGGUCUUUCGUCAGCCAUGACCAUGCUAAUGGUUGGAGGUUGCCAUGUCUUAAUUCCUAAAUUUGAGCCUAAAUCAGCCCUCGAAGCCAUAGAACGACACAAAGUGACUUCUUUUAUCACUGUCCCUGCAAUAAUGGCUGGUCUAAUUUCUUUAAUCAGGCAGAAGGAAACUUGGAAAGGGAUGGAGACUGUGAACAAGAUAUUAAAUGGAGGUGGGGGUCUGUCAAUUGAGCUUAUCAAGGAUGCCACCUUAUUCUUCCCAAGAGCUAAGCUUCUCUCUGCUUAUGGGAUGACAGAGACAUGUUCUUCGCUAACCUUCAUGACCAUCUAUGACCCAACAAUGAAAACCUACAGUCAGCACCAUCAGACUGUUGCUAAUAUAAAAUAUACUUCGGUUCACCAACCACAAGGUGUUUGUGUUGGCAAGCCUGCACCCCCUGUAGAAUUAAAGAUAUGUGUCGAUGGCUCUUUUCCUGCUGGAAGAAUUUUAACUAGAGGCCCACAUUUAAUGCUCAGAUAUUGGGGAGAAAUUCCAGCAAAGGCAGCUCACUCCUGCAAUGAGAGUUGGUUUGACACAGGUGAUGUUGGGUCCAUUGAUGAAUAUGGUAAUGUAUGGCUCAUUGGACGAGCAAAAGGGCAAAUUAAGAGUGGAGGGGAGAACAUUUACCCUGAAGAGGUGGAGGGAAUCCUGUUACAACAUCCAGGAAUUGUUGGUACUGUCAUUGUGGGAGUUCCAGAUGCUCACCUGACAGAGAUGGUUGUUGCUUGUGUUCAGUUGAGAGAACAUUGGCAUUGGUCUCAUGGAAGCUUUGAACACUCAUCUAAAAACAAAGUGCCAGUCUUAUCUGGUGCAAUUCUCCGACGUUAUUGUAGAGAAAAGAAUUUAACUGGGUUCAAGAUUCCAAAGGUAUUUAUUUUAUGGACGGGAACAUUUCCAGCCACAACAACUGGGAAAAUAAAAAGAGAUCAAGUUCGAAGAGAAGUUAUAUCUCAUCUCCAAUCCUUGCAUAGCAGCUUAUGACUAUCUCACUUGGUUGUUCGGAGCAUCAUAUCAGUAAGCAAUCCAUCCACAUUCUAGUCACCAGCACACAUAUCUGAAAGAAACAGCUGCACUCUGGAACAGUAAGAGUGGAUGUUGUGACUUGUGAGGAUAUGUAUGCCACAGGGCCAUAUUAUGGCUCCUCGAAAUAAAAUUCUAGAACUUCCUUUUAAUUAUUCAUGGUGUAGUUUGAUUGCAUAAACUCUAGAGCUCCUUUUGAUGAUAAUGUGCAUUAAUUCUAAUUAUAAAUGAGCUAGGAAUGACAUAUUCAGCUCCA